GACGCGGCCACGGCGGCGGGAAGCAAAUUAUCUACGAGCACUUCCCUUAAAAAAAAGUUGACACUCACACUCACACUUGCAGAUGCCUCCACAAGCAGCGACGCACAUCGUUUCAGACCCGGUCGAGGGAGCUUCCCGGGAAUAAGCUGACAGGAGGAUAUGAGCAAAGCGGAUUCCAUGUUGAUUUCUAAUUGGGUUUAUUUUUUCGUUCAACACAGGUGGUUUUCUGUUGCUUUUAUUGCGCUUCGUCUGGUUCAACUUUUUUCUUUUUAAAAACACUUUUUGCCGUAUAUAUGUUGACUGACCAACCGGAUUUCGGCCUGAUCUCAUGUAUUUUGUGUAUUUUAUUAAGUUGUCUGCGUGUGACUGGAGAUACAUGUGACAGCGUGAGACAGACAGGGAACCAUCCUUUUACAUUCCCAUCUCUUGAAUCAUCAUCUUAUAACAGGAGGACUUCAAUGUCUGGAUGCGGAGGAGCGCACUACAACUGCGUCAUAACACCUUGAAACAAAUCCCCCCCCGCCAAAGAAAAACAAAAAACUGAGAACAAAAUAAAAUCUCAACAUCUCCACGUCUGCACUCGCCGUGGUAGGUGCGGAUUUUGACGCUCGCGUUGACAAGUCACUGCAUCAACUGCAGCUGUCAAACUCAUGGGAACCUCCUUUGCCCCGAGCGAAUGGGAGCUGUGCUGAGGCCUCCACUGCGCAUGCGCGAGCGCCGGACAGCUCCAGAGAGGGAAAUUUAAAAACGGCGUUUGGAGAAUCAAGUGCAACACAGAGAAAUACAGUACGUGGGCUCGCGACUGGUUCACACAUUCUUCAUUAUCUCCCAAAACAGUGGUACCACAUAUCCCAGGAAAUGAUAGAAAGUGGAAUAACAUCCAGGAUGUCAGGAAUAAUUGAUAAUGCUGGGCAUCAUCCAUCUCCACAGGACUACAGGCUUCUGACCACAGACCCCUCCCAGCUGAGGGAGGAGGACCUCCCUGGGGACCUGCAGUCUCUGUCAUGGCUCACCUCCGUGGAUGUGCCCCGACUGCAGCAGAUGGCCGAUGGCCGAGGCCACAGUAACGGGCCCUCCCAGGGCAGCCUGUUGGAGCAACAGACAGCCCAGCUGAGUAACAUGUCUGGGAUGACAGCGGGUCAAGGCUCCAUGCUCCACCUGCAGAGCAACAUGCAGCACAGCCCUCUGGGAAUCAGCAUCAUCAACACCCACAGCGGAAGUAUGUCUCCGUUCUCCAUGAAUGGGAUGCCCUCUCCAGGAUACCAGUGUCCUACCUCAGUCUACCAGCCGGCCCCCCAGCAGGUGUACUCUCUGACCCAAACUGGACAACAGUGUUCAAGUGGUGGGCUGUAUAGCAACGUCUCUUUCAACAACCAAAGUAUUUUCACGCAACCUCGCCUGGCUCCACAAGAACAGGAACUGCAGCCCAAGUCUUUCCCCAAGCCAAUUUACUCCUACAGCUGUUUGAUUGCCAUGGCUCUGAAGAACAGCAAAACUGGCAGCCUCCCAGUCAGUGAGAUCUAUAGCUUUAUGAAGGAACACUUCCCUUAUUUCAAGACUGCACCUGAUGGGUGGAAGAACUCAGUCAGACACAACCUGUCUUUAAACAAAUGCUUUGAGAAAGUGGAGAACAAGACAAGCAGUUCAUCCCGUAAGGGAUGUCUGUGGGCGCUGAAUCCUGCCAAAAUUGACAAGAUGGAGGAGGAGAUGCAGAAGUGGAAACGCAAGGACCUCCCAGCCAUCCGCCGCAGCAUGGCCAACCCCGAUGAGUUGGACAAACUGAUCACAGACCGCCCGGAGAACUGCAGACGCAAGGUUUUAGACCCCGGCAUGACCCGUCUGCCCAGCUGUCCCACUGGCCUCGCACUGCCCGUCCCGACCCAGAUGCAACCUCAGCAAAUAGUCACGCUCUCCCUGCCCUGUUUACCCAUGCACCACCACCACCAGCAGCUUCAGGCCCAGCUCCACGCUCAGGCCCGCUUGGCCCCAAUGUCCCCCGCCCCAGCCCAGACACCUCCCCUGCACACGGUCCCGGACAUGUCCCACAGUCCACUCACCCAGCACCCAAGCAAGCCCACGGACGAUUUCUACAGUAUGCACGGGGAUACGCACACGGAGGUGGACGCACUGGACCCCAGCAUCAUGGACUUUGCCCUUCAAGGUAACCUGUGGGAGGAAAUGAAGGACGACAGCUUUAACCUGGAUGCUUUGGGUACCUUCAGUAACUCACCACUGCGACUAUCAGAUUGUGACUUGGGAAGCACCAACCUGACUCCUUCCUCCACUGGAGUGAACAUGUCGCUGUCAGAUGUACAAGUGACGGGCCUCUACACCUCCUACACCACCCAGGACCACCUGUCCUCUCAGUACAUGGGCGCGCCGGCCAACAGCAAGCCCAUCGCCCUUCUAUAAAGCAGCUGAACUUACACCGUCUGUGGAUAUCUGUGGACCCGACUGAAGGAAACUGAGGUCAACGACUGACUUCCGGUUUCUUUUCGAGAUUCCAUAUACUUAGAAAUCACACGGCUCUUUUACAGUCGGCUGGGCACUACUUGGAGAAGGAUGUUUCAACAUCAUUUCCCUUGCGGUCCACAAGAAAAUUGCUACUGCAGAACUAAUACUGCUGACGAAUGGAGAUGUGGCUGCAAGACAAAGUGUGUAAGACCUACGAUAUCGAAGACUCGAAGCCCGUUUGAUUAGGAAGACGUGGAGAUGUGUGUGAGCGUUAGCAUCCGCCUGUUUUUCUACUGUUCACUCUGUUCUGCGUUUCAAGGCCCUUCCGUACUGUAGCUCUGUCUCUUGUCUGUUGUAUUGUGCUAGACAUUAUUGCUGUGAUGUUUUAUUUAUAUUUAUAUAAAGGCAGCUGGAAAAGGCGAUAACUAUCAUCCUUUGCUGUGUAUAUUUGAAUGUUUUACGUUGCUAUUGCCACAGAAAAGCUUUCUUUCAUCUGUAUUUACUCCCUUCAUUCCAAAAUGCAGAUGUGUGCCAACACUUUGAAUAAUCUAAUAAAGAUUUUACACAUUA